ACAACGCUCAACGCUUUCCACUGCACAAAGAGAGCUAGCAGGCUGCAGUGGAGAGGUAUCUCUGUCUGCCAUGAAGAUAUCAGGGGUUUUCGUGAAGGCUGCUUUGGCCCUUUGCUGCUGCUUAGAGAUUGCCUUUGGAGUUCAGGUUGAUUGCAGCCAGUUUCCUAAUGUCGUUGGUGAGGAUGGGACAGUCUUGGUAGCUUGCCCAAGGAACAUAAGGCCAGUCUGUGGCACUGACGGUACCACGUACAGCAACGAGUGUGGGAUCUGCUUCCACAACCAUAAACACAAUGACACUGUGGAGAAGGCACAUGAUGGAGAAUGUGAGCGGAAACCUAUUGUGAUUGAUUGCAGUAAGUACCGAAGCAGUGUAGUAGAUGGUCAAGUCCUGGUAGCAUGCCCAAGGAUACUGGCACCAGUCUGUGGCUCAGAUGGCCUCACUUAUGACAAUGAAUGUGAGAUCUGCGCCUAUAAUGCAGUACAUGGGACUAACGUUAAGAAAAGCCAUGAGGGAAGGUGCACGGUGGAAAGUACUCCUGUUGACUGCAGCGUAUACCCGCGCAAUGCCGAAAGCGGGGGAACCAUUACAGCCUGCCCCUUAAACCUGCGUGAGAUCUGUGGGACAGACGGUGUCACCUACGGCAAUGACUGUCUGCUGUGUGCCCAUAAUGCCGAAUUUUCAGCUAAUGUUGCAAAGAAGCAUGACGGAAGGUGCUCAGAAGAAGUUCCCCAACUUGACUGCAGCCAGUACCCAGUUUCCACGCAGGAUGAUGGCAGCCAGGUGAUGGCCUGCACCAUGAUCUACUAUCCCGUCUGCGGCACUGAUGGUGUCACUUAUGCCAGCGAGUGUACCCUGUGUGCCAACAACCUGGAGCAUCAGGCCACUGUUGGCAAAAGAAAGAAUGGACGCUGUGAAGAGGAUAUUACGAAAGAGCAUUGCAAGGACUUCCAACAGCCCUCUCCUAUGUGUACCAUGGAAUAUAUGGCCCACUGUGGCUCUGAUGGCAAAACAUACGGCAACAGAUGUUUAUUCUGCAAUGCCUACCUGGAAAGCAACAGGACUCUGAACCUCAUGAGUAUGACUGAAUGCUAAGUGUGUGCUGAAGUCCAGCCCAGGAAGACAAAUUCCCUUGUAUGUGGCUUCCUAUGGGCUGAUCUUCCCCAACAGCUUUCCUUCAGUUUGUCUCGUUUCCUUAGCUCCUGAAACACUUCUUCAAUAAACUCUGCAACAUUUCUCUGUGUUAA